CUUCUCGAGCGAGAAGGCAUGGUUAGCGAUCAGUAAUGGACGGCAAUGUUGUUAUUCCGGGUGAUGUUUUGUUCGACGUAUCCGAAAAUGACGAGUUAAGAAACACGAUUCUUGGUCCGGGAUUAAGAAGAGAAUCGGAUAAAGUAAUUGUUACUAAAUGCGGUAUCGUAAGGCACAGGAAACCGAAUGUAUAUUGGAUCGAUGCUCAUCAUAAAAAGUAUAUACCAGCCAGAGGCGAAGCCGUUAUAGGCAUCGUUAUUUCUAAAGGUAGCGAGAGUGUCAGAGUCGACCUGGGAAGCAGUGAACCAGCCACACUGUCUCUGUUUUCCUUCGAGGGUGUGUCAAGAAGAAAUCUGCCAAUUGUUCAGGUCGGAGAUGUUGUCUAUGCAAAAGUUUUGGUGGCAAACAAAGACAUGGAGCCUGAAAUAAUUUGCAUAGACAGCCAUGGAAAGAAGGCGGGACUUGGCGUGCUGCCCAACCGGGGAUUUGUCUUUACUGUUUCUUUGGAUGUAGUCAGAAAAAUAUUAUCACCCCAAUGUGUACUUUUAAAGAAACUAGGCGAAAAAAUUCCCUUUGAGAUUGCGGUAGGGAUGAACGGAAAGAUCUGGAUCUGCGCCAGGACCACUUUUAACACUAUGCUGGUCUACAACUGCAUCACUUUAGUCGAACACAUGAACAAAGAAGAGAUCGAAAAUCUGUGUCAAACCGUAGCCGAUAGAUUUACUGCCGUUUGAAUAAAUAUAUAAAAAGUUGUAUAUAAGUGUAAUUAAAAAAUACUCUUAAAAUCUAA